CUUGUUCUUUCCAUCCGUUGUCCAUGGCAGAUUAGAUGAUGAGCCCUGCAAACUGUAUUCUUCAGACACUGAUAUGAUCAAGUCGUGGCCAACAAUGCCAGUCAUCUUCUCGCACAUAUAAACCCUAGUCUUCAUCGGCGAUGCACACCACUUUCCGACAUCAUCUAGCAUGUCAACGCCCAGCACAGUCGAUGAGAAUACUGGUAUAUUGUCCAGCUUUCUCAAUUUGCUGAGGCAGACCAAGGCGUAUCGGAACGGAAAACCAAUUUUUGUUGACGGACGAUCUUUAUCCAUACCCGCAACGGUGGCUGUCGCACGUUAUGGGAUCAACCCUGAAGUCGACAACUCAGCUGAGGCAAAGGAACGCGUUUAUCUGAGCAGGAAAGUCCUUGACGAUGCGAUAUUGGUGAAGAAGAGCAUAUAUGGCGUAACAACCGGCGUUGGUGGUAGCGACACGCGAUCCGCUGAUGUCCUAGCCCUUGGGGUUUCGAUUUUGCAACAAAUUCAAUGCGGCAUUUUAUCUAUAGAUGGAGAAAGCGAUAGUCUACCGAUCUCUCAUAACUGCGCUGCCACACAAAUGCCGGAGUCUUGGGUCAGAGGCGCCCUCACGAUGCGAAUGAACAGUAUGAUUCGCGGGCACUCGGGUGUUCGUUGGGAUGUCUUGGAGAAGUUUGCGCAUAUGCUUAAUGCGAAUAUACUCCCUCUAGUACCACUCCGGGGUAGUAUUUCGGCCUCGGGCGACCUCACACCGCUAUCCUACCUUGCUGGUGCUGCGACAGGGAACCCCUUCAUUCGUGUGAACUGCGGCCCGCCUGGCAAUCGUACCAUCACAACAUCGAAAGACGCCCUUGCUAUAGCGGGGAUAGAACCUCUCGUGUUCCAAGCUAAGGAGCCGCUUUCCGUAGUCAACGGAACGUCCUUCUCGGCCGCUGUAGCUGCACUUGCCGUCUAUGAUGCUGCUCACCUGUCGUUGUUAGCGCUUGCCUGCACUGCACUUACAGUCGAAGCCUUGCAUGGGGCAAGGGGAUCAUUUGCUCCUUUCAUCCAUGCCAUCGCUAGACCUCAUCCGGGCCAGGUGGAAGCGGCUCAAUGUAUAUGGUCGCUUUUGGAAGGCAGCAAAUUUGCAAAGAACGACGACCCCGAAGUCCGCUUGAAUGAAGAUCCUGGAGUUCUUCGUCAAGACCGCUAUGCAAUGCGUACCUCUCCUCAAUAUCUGGGUCCUCAGUUAGAAGACAUUCAUGCUGCUGUAAAGACUAUUGAUCUUGAGUGUAACGCAAGCAGCGACAAUCCUCUCAUCGAGGCCGAAACGCAAACGAUACAUCUAGGCGGAAAUUUCCAGGCCAUGGCAGUCACGAAUGCCAUGGAAAAGACUCGCCUUGCUCUUGAUCACAUCGGGAAACUCGCCUUCGCGCAAUCAAGCGAGAUCUUGAAUCCACAUAUCAAUAAAGGCCUACCUCCAUCUCUGGCGGCCACCGAUCCCUCUCUCAACUAUCAUGCUAAGGGAUUAGAUGUCGUUAUGGCAGCUUAUGUGACAGAACUUGGAUAUCUCGCAAACCCCGCUUCAACGCAUUCCCAGGCUGCUGAGAUGCAUAACGAAUCGGUGAACUCUAUGGCCUUACUUUCUGCGCGCGCCACGAUAUCCUCUCUAGAAGUUCUCGCCAUGUUGAUCUCGUCGCACCUGUAUAUUCUCUGUCAAGCUCUGGAUCUUCGCGCGAUGCAGCACGAUUUCCUUGCUGGCAUCAAAGACAUCGUGGAAUCCGAAUUGACGAGUGCAUUCAAACUGAAAACCCCCGAUGUCUUGGAUCUCUCAUCUUUGGUCAAUAGAGCUCUCAGAGAUUCAUUUCAUUCCACGACCACGAUGGAUCUGAAAGAUCAAAUGCAAGCAGUCGCAUCGUCUUGCAUACCAGUGAUUGUCAAGUUCUUUGCAACCAAUCCUUCGUUGUAUUACCAACCAACACUUUCUGAUAUCAUGGCAGUCACCAAUUCUUUCGCUACACGCGGUAUCGACCUCAUGAGUCAAUUGAGGGAUCAAUAUCUUACGGGUUCGAAGGGGCGUACACCUGCUUCCCCGUAUCUUGGUCGUACCCGUGACAUCUAUCAAUUUAUCCGUGUCGAUUUGGAAGUCCCAAUGCAUGGGGAGGAAAACUUAAAGCGGUUUGAGAAUGCGCCUUAUGCAAACACCAAUACCAUCGGACAUCAAGUCUCCGUCAUCUAUAAGGCCGUCAUGGACGGGAAGAUGCAUGAUGUUAUUACAGCGAUGAUUGGCAAGCGGGACUUGUAAUAUACAUAGCCAAGACACCGCCCAAGUAAACGCUCGAACUGAAUAAUAGCUUGUUUUGACCGCCGAACUGGCUCUCAGUCACCGAGCUGAGAUGAAUUAACAGAGUCCGUAACAAGAUUUGUUACGCCCGUUCGAUCUCACGGGGGACUCCAGUUGGUUUCAAAUGUCUACUAGCUUCCGGAAUUCACAUUUCAAUGCAUCCGUUAAGCAACUUUUGGGGAAAACCUUCCAGUCGUCCAAAAUUAUCCUUGCUUCUGGAAGUGAGUUAGCUAUGAUAGUGCAUCCCCGCUCAGCCCUAACCUUGUUUAAUCGAUGA